AUGGAGCAGUCUCUUGGUCCCAAUGGGGACGAUCUUACGCAUCAUAGCGGCAAGCGUAAGCGUAAAACAAGUGAUGAAAGUGUAGAAGAAGACGAGGACUUCAAGACUGAAGAAGAGCAGGAAAAAAAGACCAAGAAGAAGCGAAACAAGAGGCAAAAAACAAGCUCGUGUCGAAACACUGGAGUUACUCCUAAUCCCUCGACAUCUUUAUCCGCUGCCCGAAGCGCCAUCUCUGCCUCAGAAUGGAGCUGUGCAGCCUGUACGAUGGUAAACCCCACAGUUAUGCGGGGCUGUGCUGUCUGUGGGACGCUGAAUCCACGGCCUGUCGCGCCUUUAGGUCUGAGUAUUUCUAGUAUUUCCGAGUCUCUUGGAGACGAAUCAGUUUCUUCUUGUAGUGAAGACAGUGAUGAAAACGACAGUGACAGUGAUGAGGAAGAUGAAGACGAAGCAGAUGACGAGAAGUGGAGCUGUAAAAGCUGCAACACGCAGUCCAGUGGACGAACGUGUCUGAAUUGUUGUGCACAACGGCCAAAAGUUGCGGGUAAAAUUGACAAUGCAGAGUCAAAGGAGAAGAAAAAACAGGCAUUUGAGAAAAAAAGAAAGCGACGGAAACGUGAAAAAAAGCUGCACAAAAGAGCAAAGAUAGCGUAUGGAGUGUCGAUCUAUGAGCUAGAAAAAAUGAGUCAAGAGCCGAUAAGUAGCCGCUUGGUUGACACUUUGCAGUCGUUGACACAUACCCUUGCGAUGAUGGACGCAUCAGCGGAUAAUGAGUGGGCCGAUGGUUCGUCUUUUUUGAUUCGAAGCUUUGGUAGUAGCUCCUCGUCAGCGACAGCUAAAAACCCAGAGCUAGUCACAGUGCUAGCAAAUAUUUUUUAUGGACAUGAAAAAACGUAUCCAGCGGAAGUUCGACUUUUGGCAGUCCAGUCCAUUAACUAUUUGAUGAAGAUGGAUCGACACAUGUUUGCACGGUCGAAGAUAGUAGAGGUUGUCAGGUUAUAUAUCACUGAGCUAUUAGCCUGGAAGCACAAGACCAGCGCAAGUGCUUCGAGCUCUGGUGUUGUGAAGAGUGGACAGAUGAUCGUGGAGGAGUGCUUGAGCGGCUUAUCGAGUAUAUGUAGCACCGAGGGGUUCGCUCUUCGUGAGGUGAUGGCGCAAGGGAACUUUGUUGGAUAUCUAUCUUUUCUGCUGAGGUUAGUGAAUGGAGAUGAAGAAAACUAUCGUGACUUUCAUCCCAGUAUUGUAAUGACUGCCCUUGGAAUUUUACAAAAAUGCUGUAUGAAGUUGCGAUGGAGCGGAAAGUGUUGUCAACAACACCACUCGGCCGGAAAUGCGACCGCAAAAAAACCUACCGCACUGGGUCAGGUUGAUCAGCUUACGCUAGGGCUUGCUACGAAGCUGAUUGAUUUUUUGCGUCAUGUGCUACAACACAAACAUGUCCCGUUACACGUCAAGGCAGCCAAGUGCUUGCUGCUUAUUUUUCAUCGCACUCCUUAUGACUGCCCUGAGGUCAUGGCGAAGCUUGUGACAUCUGAAGUGUUACGCAAGUUUGUAUCAGUGGUGGUAAACACAAAUAGCGACGAGUCAGAAGAAUCGCGUCUUGCAAUGGUCACUCUCUUGCUCCAUUUGUUUGAUGAUCGCCCGCAGCUUGUCAGCAUGUUUGUACGGGAGAAAAUAUAUACAGAUUUAUUUAGUGGCAUAUUGCCAUUGCUGCAGUCUUCGUCGGGAGCUCUCCGGACCAAUGCGUUGAAACUCACAUCUAUGCUUACGCGAGUGGUAUGUAGAAAACAUUCGUUGGAAUUUGCAAACAGCUCUCGUCGCAGUUCAAUGGAUGGAUCCGCUUCAGGGGACAAACGAUCUUCUGCUUCUACAGGCUCCGCCUCACGAUCGCCUCAGAACAAGCGCAAUCGGCAACGAUUGAAUUCGCUGCCGGACCCAGAUGUGCUGUCAACAUUGCUUCUGGACUUCAUUCGUGCAGAUUCGAUUGCUGCUGUGAAUGUCCUUUUGAAGGACGGUGCCGAUUUGAACGCCCCGAAACUGUUUGAUGUUCGAGGAAAUGAGUUUGAUAAGCCGCUUAAUGUCGCGGUGGAGUGCGCAUCUCUUGGAAUGGUACGACUUCUUCUGAAGCGAGGUGCUGACGUCCACCAGGUUGGUAUCGGAGGCACCGCUCUCCACGUUGCAGCUAGGACUGGUCGCUGCCAUAUCGCUGCUUUUUUGUUGCAAUGUGGAGCACGCGUGCAAGCAAAAGAUCGUGAAAAGAAAACUGUUUUGGAUGUAGUAAACCUAGCAGACAAGGCAGCAAGUGGAGACAACUCAACGGAAUCAGUUACGUCCCCAAUGAAGAAGUUGCUAGAGCUUCAUCAGCGACCUGAUGGUAUGCAAGAUAACGACAGCGAUUUAUCAGAGGGUGAUGAAAUGUCUGGUGGUAGGAGUCGGGCGUGGUUUUACGCAUCAGAUCAGGACGACGAAUAUGAAGAUGAUGAUGGCGAUGACACGGACGAUGACGAACUUGAAGGCGAGGAAGGUUACUACAUGGAUUAUGAUGAAGAUGAUGAAGAUGAUUUAGAAGGUUUCGAAGAAGCAGGCCAAUAUAAUGAAGAAAUGAGCGGUCACAGUGAUGAUGAUAUGAUAAACACGGAGACACAACCAAGCGAACGCCGCCCGGACUCAAAUUUAUUGGAAUCAGAAAUGAAGUUAGAGGGGCGCUACCAAAAUGCAAGUGGCGAUAGUUCAAGAUUCAUCAGCCGGAGUCAUGCAUUUAGUGGAAACGACAAAUGUUGCCCAGAUGAUGAUGUGAUGUUGGAGUACAGAGCCUUCAGCGCCACAGCUGACGAGGUUUACGAAUUUAGUGUCGCUAUUACCCAAUGUCUAUUAGCAGUGCUACAUGACAUGGAUAUCCAAAACGUGGAACGCUCUGUUAUUUCUACUGUGGCAUGUGUGCUGGAAAUGGCACCAUCACAGCUUAUUCGCACGUUAAAAGAGGUGGACGUGGUGCUCAUAUUGGACACAGUACACUUCUUACUUCAAGGCGAGAAGCUGCACCAAGCUAGUGCAACUGCACCAACCAGUUCAGCAAAGGAGGCGACAUCAAGGUCUUCUUUGCAAAUGGCCACGCACGGAGGUGCAUCAAGUGCCGCUCACAACUUGCCGUCAUUCAUUUUAGCAGUUCGCAUAUUGGACGCUGUUAUCAGGAAAUCUUCCAAAAAAUCUUCUCUGUUUCAUCAAAUCGAAAGGAGGGGCAUCCGUGAGCAAAUUGAGCUAUUAAAUAAUGCAUCGGCAUGCUGGGUCAGCACUACCUACGACGGCAAUUAUUCUCGGGGUCCUUGCGACACAAUCUUUGGAAGAUGCCUAAAUAUGCUGAGUUUGCUUUGGUCAGACGUGCUCGAAAGUGGUAUGCUUCAUCUACACAAGCUCCGCAAUCUUGCGAGGCGUUUGAAGGAUUUUUCUGAUGAGUCUCGUUCAUGUGAUAAAGAACUUAUUCUGAUAGAUUUAGUGGAUCUUUUUGAGCAGCCAAAUUCCAUUACAACGUACGAAUUUAAGCGGUCGCAGCUUUUGCCUGCAGUCCUUCAGUAUCUCACUCCGCGUGGUAAACUUGAUGAGCCUCGAGCUUUGGCGUUAAUGCGCGCUUUCGAACGCUGUCCGUCUGCACUGAAGCAUCUGAUUUUUCGUCUUCAGAGUAUCAUCACUCAAGAGGAAACGUUUCCAUUAAUUUCUUUCAGUACUGGGAAGGGAAGGGAGCUGUACCCGCUAACUCAACAGAUAAAGAUUACGUUUGUGCGUCCUGGUGACAUAAAUGCUGACGAUAAGCAGCCUACGGGCGAUUGUGACCGUCCAAAGGAAAAAUCGAUCCAGUCAUUGCCAUUGACGCACUUUCAGUCGUUUGAAAAAUCGGUUUUUCGAUGCAUGCCUGUGAUCGAUUCAAAUCUGUCUUUGCUGUACCGCAACUUGGUGGGCCAUUCUAUCCAAAAAGUGGUGGAUGGAAAAUGGAGAAAGUUCUUAAUUGUGGGGUAUGACGAUACACGAUCUUAUCACCUGGUCAAACCAAUCGGUGGAACAGACGACGAUCUAAAUGAGAUGGUACUGCACGACUCGCAAUGCAAGUUGAUUGGAGGUGUCGAAGUUUACGAAAAUGUUGCGCUGGAUCUAACGCUUUUCGGAUCGCCUAAUGCUGUGGAUACUGUUCGCCUCGCGGAUGGCAAGAAAAAACGAAAGAACAAGCGAAAACGAAAAUCUGCCACUCAGAAACAGCAGCAUGAUAGCGAAAGCACCUGCCAAGUGGAGGCGAAAAAUGCUGGUAUGUUGAAAAUGGCGAAGCUACCAGGAGCUUGGUAUGCAGCAAUACUCGUAAACGAUUUAGGCGAGACCUGCAAGUUAGAAGGCCAAACACGUGGAGAAGUACUUGGCCUGCAGGGCACUAAAUCGGUAAAAGAAAUUUGCAACUUAAGAUACGAAACCUGCGAAGAAGUGCUUGUCUCGCAGGUCACUCACUCGGUAAAAGUGCUGGCUGACAACCGAAUUAUUCGUAAUGUGCCAGCUGAUUGCCUCCGCCCACGAACGCUUCAGCCACAAGUGGGUAGCGUGGUUGAGCUGGAUGGUGUUUUAGGUGAAGUCACUCGAAUUUAUAGUAAUCACUGCCCAUCGAGUGGUGCUGCAAACGUAUUGCUUGAUGUGAAAAUGGAUUCUGGUACUGAGAAAAGUCGCGUGAAGAAGGAUCGUGUCCGCUUUCCCGCACGUCAGACAACUACUCUUACAGCCGGAGAGGAGGGCGAUCGAAUCGAAGCAAUGAGUAUGCAACGAUUAUUUCCAGCUAGGGACAGCUCGUUGGUCGGAAACAUUGGCGACCGCGUGUGGGUUUUGCCUCCUUCCGGAUCACAAAUUGCUGGUCUAUGUGUGGCAGGAACGAUCAAGAGCUUUCCUUCUGGGUCGGCAUCUGUUCGCGAAUCCACUACUGCUAUUAUAGAAAUUUCUUUUGGGUUAACCCAACCUCCUCUUGCUGUGAAGGUGAAUCAGGAUCGAAUACUUAAUUUUGCUGUCGAUGGUGGUAUUUUGUCCGGUAGUGAUCCUUCUCGCCUUCUGGCAGCACUGCAGAUGGCUUCGGGGCGCGGUCGCUCUAGCAGACUAUUUGGCGGUGGACAAACUGGCCAAGACGGUAGCACCUCUGCCAUUCACCGAGCGGUUGAAAGGGUUACAGAAUCAUUACAACAACGUCGACAUGGAGGUGGACAAGGAUUAUCAGGCACAGCGAUGGACCAACUUCGAAGUUUCAUAUCCCGUAACUCUACGAGUAGUGGUAAUGUGCUCGGCGAUGUCAGCAAUGCUGACCGAGUUUCGACAACUACACAUGACGCACAAUUAAUUCCUUCACCGAAUGAGCCAAUUGGGAGUGAAGUGCAAACUGAAGACGAAGCAUCAACAUCGGCGCCUUCUUGCUUUAGUACACUGCGAAGGUAUCUUAAGCCUCAGUGUGCCAAACCCAAGACGAUUCUUUUGCAGUUGCCAAAAGUUAGUCUGGUGGUGGGAUUCCGCAAGUGUGAUACAACAAGUGUCACAGAGCAGGAUCGAGUUGUUGUUUCGUCUGAACUCGGCCUGAAGCGCGUUGACAAAAGUACAGCAUGUAAAGACACACCUGCACCGUCAUUUCUGAUUCAGCUGAACUCAUCGACGCAGCGAUAUAAGGCAAGUGCUGGUGCACGUAAGGCCUUGCUAGAAAUCUUCAAUUCAUUCAGCGUAUUGGGGUCAUCACAAGAGAAGAAACGGAGGAAGCUGUCACAUGUAGGCAGUCAACGUGCUGUACAAAUCGGAUUUCCUUGGGAUAUUGAGAAGUUUAUUGCGUUUAUGAAGGCAGUACAUGGCCCAAGGAAUUGCGGUCACACCGAAUCCAUUGCAAAGUAUUGCAUUAUCUUUUCGAAAUAUGCAGACCCUGAUACAAAUCGGAGACUGUUGAAGUCCGAGGGAUUUAUUUCAUUUGUGGUGCACGAAUGCAAGGAUGCAACAAAGCUGAAACAGAUGCUGAAAUUUUUACGGUCACGAGGGUACUCGGAGAAAUUUUUGGCUUCGAGUGCAUCCCGAUGUAGCAGUGGUGACGACCAAAAGGAAGAGAAGGAUUCGUCCGAUACCGACUCCAGGACUGCUCAUGUAAGAACAUUUAGCAAUAAAGUGCGACAUCCAUUGGUUCUUCGUGGAUUCCCUGCCGACCAGAACGUGCUCAAAUGUGUGGAGGAGCUGCGUCACGAACACCAUACUCGGACCUGUACAAAUUCCUCCUGCAGUGAUAUGACCUCCACCAUGGCAGGCACAUCCCUACCGCCUUGGAAGCUAACGUACGAGUUAUACUGUGAUUUCCAAGUCGAGUGGAUGGCGCAGUCCUUCUCCAAGACAAGCGUAUCUGAUUUGGUGGGCCUUGGUACUAAAUCGCUGGAAUCUUUCUCUGCGAUGGCGGCCAAACCACCGACGCGAUUACUGUCGUGCGGUAUCGUCACGUUUGACAGCGAUGACGCUACAGAAGAGUCGCGGUGGCUAGGUCAGAUCAUUGGUUCACAAGCUUGCAAUAGUACGCACAAUGGGAUUGUCGUGCCUGACUCGGUGGCAAGCGCUGUACGCUUGCUCCGCUAUUUAUUCCACUUCCGCGCGGAUGUGGCGUCUUCAGAUGAAGCAUUAUGGACGAGCCCGCGCUUGUAUAACAAGCUGGAGAGACAGAUGCAAGAUGUGCUCUCCAUGUGUAGUGGUAUCUAUCCGCCCUGGUGCGAUGAACUAGUGACCCAUUGCAAAUUCUUCUUCCCACGCGAUCUACGAGAGAGGCUGUUUCGAUCUACAUCCUUUGGCUGCACCCGCUCGCUGCACUGGUUCCGGAAUCAACUGAAUAUCGAUGAAAGCUCAGCCGACUCGGGAAUGUCUUCCAUGGUUGUGGGAGGCGGCAUUUAUAAUCAAGAGAUUUCCAUUUCACCUGUCCCGAAAGAACGCGUCAAGGUCUAUCGCGAAAAUAUCCUGCAAUCCGCAGAAGCAGUGAUGAAAAUGCACGCGAAGCGCAAAGCUGUCUUGGAUGUGGUAUUCGUUGGCGAAAAGGGCUAUGGCACUGGAGUGACGGCGGCGUUCUACUCAACGAUAGCACACGCACUUCAAAUGAUUACAGAAAAUCAGAAGAAUAAAUUCUGGGUCCCUGGCGAGGAUGACGAGGCUGAGACCGUGCACAGAGUUGACGCCGUCGGUGACAUUGCAGACGAUACACCGGUGAUUCGUCACUCCAACGGUUUGUUUCCGUAUCCUCACCGCACACCGAGUCGGAAGCUAGUCGAGCGUUUUCGAACGAUGGGGAGACUAGCGGGUAAAGCACUGAUGGAUGAGCGUUUGCUUCCGCUACCAUUAUCACCGCAGUUUAUGAAGCUAGUGGUUGGUGAAAGUUUUGGACUCGAAGAGCUAAACGACAUUUUCUUGAGCCACGGGCGUAUUCUGUAUUCGAUGUACAAAGCUUCAGAGAAGCUCAUCGCAGGAAAGAAGAAUGUUGAAAUCGAUCAUACUGACGUCCAGGAGUGGUUGGGUGCAGUAGGAUUCACGUUUAUUGAUCCAUUUACGCAGGAGCCUCUCGUGGUUGGCGGGGAAGAUAUUGCUGUGACCUCAAACAACAUGACGUUAUAUGUGCAAUCUGUGCUAGAUCUGUGGCUCGACUCGGGCAUUCGUGCUCAGGUGCUAGCAUUCCGUGAAGGUAUCAGCGAGGUACUCCCAUUGGGAAAAUUGCGCUUGCUGUUUGUGCCGGAGCUGCUGUCACUGCUAUGUGGUGAAGAUGAUAUCAAGUGGACCGUAGACUCAUUGACAAAGAACACGAAGCUUGCGCACGGGUAUACGAAGGGCAGCCAGCCAGUGCAAUUUUUAUUUGAAGUGCUGGAGGAGAUGCCAGCCACAGAGCGACGCAAAUUUUUGCUUCAUGCAACAGGCUGCCCGAAUCUCCCUCCUGGAGGUUUUCAGGCGCUUAAGCCACAAUUUGAGGUUGUCCGCCGUAUCGUUGAGAAUUCAGAUGUUGAUCAUGCAUUGCCAUUUGCACGUACAUGCACGAAUACGCUGCAUUUGCCAGCUUACUCCAGUAAAGAGGUACUUGCAAAGCAGCUGACAUUUGCUAUUGCCAACAGCCGCGGUGUCAUUGAUCGUGACUAA